AUGUCGUUCCAAGACUCGAACCAGGCGUUUGACGAUGUUUUUAGCAAUUUCCCUGCUGCAACAGACCUUUCGAUCCCAUACGAGCCGGAACCACGUCGAAAACGUCGAAAGGUACAACUCGCUUGCGAUUGCUGCCGUGCUCGCAAAGUCCGCUGUGACGGCAAACGGCCAGUUUGCGAUGUAUGCAGAAGAAGAGGAUCUGAGCAAGAGUGUCUGUAUGAGGAGGGCACGUUAAAAACGCAGAAGUACGUAUUGUGUAUGUCACGAGCUCCAGUAGUCUCAGCAUCGGAACCAGAAGCGACAGAUACUGACGAAGCUGAGUCAACCGAUGGACUGGCGACUGUCUCGUUACCUAACAAGGAUCAACAUCUGCUCUAUGGUCCGUCCUCGACGAUCGCAUUUGUCGAACACGUACUACUCAUUACAGGCGAGACUGAGGCAUUGGACCAGCCAGCGGCUGAUACAGCCGAACAUCGGGGAGCAAAGCGAUAUAGAACUGAUGCCAAAGAACAAUGCAAAGAUCUGGCUGUCCUAGAUCUUAGCUUUUGGGAUAUCGUCCAUCCGGUAUAUCCCAUUUUGCACAUCCCGACAUUCAUGCGCUUCUAUAAUCGCCUAUGGGAGCCCGGAGACGUUGAAGAUGGCAGUGAAGCAACAGAAAACCCUAUCAUGCUGGCAACACUAAAUAUGGUCCUCGCAAUUGGAUGCAGGUUUACCCACAGCCCAAAAACGGGUAACCGGGCCGCUUUGGCAGACCAGUUCUACCAGAGAGCGAGGAGGCUCGUGCCAAUCGAUACCUUGGACGAGGCGACACUACCAGUCGUCCAAUUGCUUCUGCUAAACGCUCUUCAUCUGCAAUCAACAAUGCACUCGAACCGAUGUUGGAACAUGGUAGGACUGGCGACUAGAGUGGCACAAAGCCUUGGCCUGCAUACCGAUGCACGUAAAUCCAGUUCUACUAGCCAACUAGAAAGAGAAAUGCGAAGACGAGUAUGGUACGUGUGCGUGACGUUGGACAGGCUUAUUUGCACCACGUUCGGGAGGCCGUCCAUGCUGCCGUGCAGGUCCCGUGUGCCUUUGCCGAUUACCAUCGACGACGAGUACCUUCUCGAAAUCGGAGAAGGAACUCAACCGCCAGGUUCCCCAUGUCGGCUUGGAUUGUUUGUAUAUACAAUCCGUCUUCUAGAAAUUCUUGAUGAGGUGUUGAAAUCCUUCUAUGCACAAGACGCUCAUGAGCAAGUUAUGGACAUCGAUACCCAGGAAAAAAUGCCCUUACUGGACUUGGAUGAGAUCCUUCGUCUGAACUCACAGCUGGACGUAUUUCUGGAUGGCCUCCCGGAUUAUCUGACACUACAGGGUACUUCUACAGGCUCGGGUGUCCAGCAAGAUAACACUCUUCUUCAACCAAGAAUCUUAUACUGUCGAUGUUCGGCAUGGUGGAGUGUCUACUUCACCUUCGGUGCAGCGACAGUCCUGCAAGCCUCUAUAUUGUUUAAUCCAGAUGACGAGGUAAAGAUUGCUGUUGAUCAUUCGUUAUCCCUGGCCAUGGAAAUCCUUACCUCCCUUGCUUCGGAGGUAAAAUCUUCAACAGAAGCCAUACGUGUCGUUCAGAAUCUCAAAGGUCGACUCCAACGCAUCGAACAUGCAGGAUCUUCUGUACCCACUAAGAGGAUCUGCGAUGUCCAAGCUCUCACUGAACCUUUAUCUCGAAGCUUUUUGUCUGGAAACUUUGAUAUGGGACCCAUAAUGGAUCCUUUCUUUGAUGACUGCGCUAUCCAACAGACAUUGAACAGCAUUGAUUGGGGAGCUAUUUUCGAAUCUCAAGACUAAAAGUAAAAAAAUAUCUAUCCAUCAGACAUGUUGCCCCAUGUGUCGUCUGUGUGAGGUAUACCCCAUACUUCUAUCGGCUGAUAAUUUACCUUCUCG